UAGAGCUGUGUUUAGUGAAAAUGCUGCUGUUUUGAAUGCAUGUUCUGCCUGCAGCCUGAGGUCAGCUGCAAAAGGAGACACUUCUGUACUAUUAGCCUUGAGCUGGAAACAUGACCAAGGAGGAGGAGAUCCCUGACUGGGUGGGAGCCAAAGAGUUCUACGACAAGUAUGAGCCCAAGGAGAUUCUGGGAAGGGGAGUGAGCAGCGUGGUGCGCCGCUGCGUCGACAAGCGGACCUCUCAGGAGUACGCGGUGAAGAUCAUCGACAUCACCCCCUCCGACAAGAUGACGGCACAGGAGAUCGAAGAGAUCAGAGAGGCGACGGUGAAGGAGAUCGACAUCCUCAAGAAAGUCUACGGACAGGAGAACAUCAUUCAGCUCAAAGACUGCUAUGAGUCCAAGGCCUUCUUCUUCCUGGUUUUUGACCUAAUGAAGAGGGGUGAACUUUUUGACUACCUCACAGAAAAAGUUACACUGAGCGAGAAGGAAACGCGGAAGAUCAUGCGGUCUCUAUUGGAGGUGGUCCAGUUUCUCCACACCCACAACAUUGUUCAUCGGGACCUGAAGCCCGAGAACAUCCUUUUAGACGACUACAUGAACAUCAAACUCACUGACUUUGGUUUCGCUGUGCAGAUUCAGCCAGGACAGACGCUCAAAGGAGCGCAGUGCUGCGCUGGCUUCGGCACCUAAUCUUGCGUCCCUCAUUGGCUCCUCCCAAGUGUCUCCAUCUCUGCUGCUCGCUGCCAGAGAGGAUCAGUCCUUCAUUGACCCGGUCAAAGCUGGAACAAGCACCUCUGUUUACAAGACGUUGAUGGGCAGCGUACCAGACAGAGGAGGACGACCUGGGGAAAUUGAGCCUCCUAUGCCAGCAUGGACAGGGAGACGCUCGAAAGGCAGCAGAGGGGGAUGGGGAGGCGGACAAUCUCAUAAGCAUAAGAAGAAGAAAGGGAAAAAAGAUUAACUUGUCCAUCUUUUUGGCCUUACUCAUCAAUUUAAGAAAUAAGUGAUCAUUUUGCUUUAUUGAAAUCCUUGUUGCGAGGUAAACUACGAUUGGGAAGUGCUGUAUAUAAUUUUGUAGUUAUAAAUCUGUGUAUAAUUUAUAGUUAUAAGUCAUGCACAUACCAGAUUGUGUACAUUUCUAUAAAAGCAAUGAAGUACUGGUACAUGACCAGAUAUUUUGGUAAAAGAGCAGAAAAUGGAAAAAAUGUUGGCUUUCCACAUUUAUCAGUAGGUUUGUUUAAGAAUAAACCUCUGAAACACA